AGAUGAGCUUGUGGGAGUCACGGAGAGACGAGGCGCCGCUGCCGCCGGCGGAGGAGACGGGCCUGCGCCGCCAGGACCGCGAUGGCCCCGACAGCGGCCGGGCCGCGACGGUACACCACCGGGCCGAGCACCAGCAGCCGACCGGCGGCAGCCCCCCGCGCGAGCCCCGCACCACUCCCACCGCCGCCGCUGCCAUGCGCUUCGAUGGCCUCGUCCGCUCCGAGCUGCCGCCAGGCCCCGCGCUGGCCCGCAACACCUCCACCCGCUCCUGCCCGCCGCGCACCGGCCCCGGCGAGGACGAGGACGAGGCAGCGCUCGCCGAUGGCAUGGGUGCUGAGAGGAGCCUUGCGCCGAGGCUGCCCAAGAAGAAGGCCCGCCGGAGGCACACGGACGACCCUGGCCAGGAGUGCUUCACCGUGACGUUCGAGCUGGGCACCCGCGCCGAGACGGAGGUGGUGCCGGCAGCCCGGAGGAAGACGCUGGGGGAGGUGCUGCAGCCCGUCCUGGAGCGGCGGGGGCUGCGGCCGGGCCGGCUCGACGUCUUCCUGGAGCACUCGGGCACGCCGCUCUCGCUGCGCUUCGAGGCGUACCGCUUCGGGGGACGGCGCCUGCGCGUCGCAGCCCAGCCUGCCGCAGAGCCCCAUGUGGACCCACCGGCGACGGAGUGCCGCUCGGCCAGCCUGCCCGUGCCGUGCGCCCCGGCCGACGUCCCGGCCACGGGCAGGCGGCGUGGGACGGGGACGGAGCUCCCGGGCGACACCGAGCCCCCACCGCGCGGCAGCGGCUCCCUGCCCGGCGGCGGCAGCGGCACCUGGAAGAACCGUGCGGCCAGCCGCUUCAGCGGCUUCUUCAGUACCGGCGCCGGGCCCCCGGGGCGGGACGGUGACGCGGUGGAGCAGCUGGAGAGCAAGCUGCAUGGCUACAGCAGCAUGGGGCUGCCCCAGCUGCCGCGGCGGCUCCGCUUCGACCGCGACUCCUGGGAGGAGGAGGAGGGCGACGAAGCCGCCCCGGCGCUGGAGCGCAGCUGGCAGGACAUCGUCGACGGUGCCGAGGCGCUGACGCGGCGGCAGUGCCACCAGCAGGAAGCCAUCUGGGAGCUUCUGCACACCGAGGCCACCUACAUCCGCCAGCUCCAAGUGAUCACAGACCUCUUCCUCUGCUGCCUGCUGAACCUGCAGGACUCGGGGCUGCUGUGCGAGGUGGACACCACGCGCCUCUUCGGCAACGUCGGGGAGAUCGUGCGGCUGCACCGCAGGCUGUGGAGCGGCGUCAUGGCCCCGGUGCUGCAGAAGGCACGUCGCACCCGGGCGCCGCUGGACCCCGUCGACCUGCUCGAGGGCUUCCGGGCGUUCGGCUCGCUGUUCCGGCCCUACGAGCGGUACUGCCUGGAGGAGGAGGGCUGCAUGGAGUACAUGCGGGUGCUGCUGCGGGACAGCGAGCCCUUCCGCGUCUACGUGGCGCCGCACCAGCGCCUCACCAAGUACCCGCUGCUGCUCAAGUCCGUGCUGAAGAAGACGGAGGAGGCGCGCGGCCGGGAGGCCGUGGGGGCCAUGAUCGCCGCCGUGGAGCGGUUCAUCGGCCGCGUGAACGCGCGCAUGCGGCGGCGGCAGGAGCGGCAGCGCCUGGCCGCCGUCCUGGCCCGCCUCGGCCCCUACGAGGUGGUGGAGAGCGGCACGGACGAGGUGCACAAGCUCCUGGAGGAGUUCCUGCAGCUGGACCUGACGGCGCCCGUGCCCGGCGCCCGCCCCGGCGCCCCGCGGCAGCUCCUGCUGGAGGGCGGCCUGCGGAUGCGGGACGGCAAGGACGGCAAGCUGGACGUCCACUGCUUCCUCUUCACCGACGUCCUCCUCGUCACCAAGCCCGGCAAGAGGGCCGAGCGCGCCCGCGUGGUCCGGCAGCCCUUGCUGGUGGACAGGAUCGUGUGCCGGGAGCUCAGGGACCCCGGCUCCUUCCUGCUCAUCUACCUGAACGAGCUGCGGAGCGCCGUGGCUGCCUACGCCUUCCAGGCCAGCGCGCCGGCGCUGCGCCACGCCUGGCUCGAGGCGCUGCACAACGCGCAGAGCCUGCUGCAGCGGCUGCGGCUGCAGGAGCAGCAGCGGCGCCAGCGCCUGCAGCGGCCGGCGGGCGAGGAGGAGGAUGACGAGGGCAACGAGGAGGACGACGAGGAGGAGGAUGAGGAGUGGAGCAGCCCCUCGGCGGAGGCCGCGGCGGUGGACGGCAGCGACGAAUUCUCCUCGCCGGAGAUGGAGGAGGCGCCGCUCGGCUCGCAGUCGGACGAGACCUCGCUCAGCACCGGCGUCUCCAGCGGCAGUACCCCCACGGCGGAGGUGCCCGGGGGCGGCGCGGAGCCGCCUGCCGCCGGCGCCCGCCGCCCGCCGCGCCGCGCCGCCGCGCCAUAG